AUGAGCGAAACUACGACUCUAUCGACUCUGGGUGAUAACAGCAACCUUACUAACGAAAAUUUGGACUUUAAUAAAGCAGGAAGAGCCCGAGAAGAAGACGUUGCUCGACGUUGGAGCGAUGACAACGAGGAAGAGACCGCAGAGGUCAAUGAGAACGACGAUUUCUUUGGCAGAAUCGAAGACGAGUCAUGGGACGGUCUAGUGGAGACCACGUACAAUUUUCAUCUGCAAUUUGCGCCAAGCAUUUCGUGCCCAAUUUGCUUCCACGUGACCCAAUUUCCCGCCCGUCAAAAUUGUGGUCACGUGUUGUGUUUUUCGUGCAUCCAGCACUCAUUUUCAUUCUUGGAUGAAUGCUCUUUAUGUCAAGCUCAGGUGGUUUCUAGAGCUAGUAAGCUUGAAGUUGUUCCAGGGUCAGAAACAACGGAAUCGUCAUCUGCUAAGGCUGGGCAAGAUUUGCAUUUGCCGAUCUCAUCGUCGACUAUGUAUUCGAUACCGUACCAAGGUGCCAUUGUAAAAUUGGACCUCACACACUUUAACAAUACUAACUACAUCAAUACUAUCGUCACAGCCGUGUCCACGGGCUAUGACAUGAGUCGAGUAGACGAUGAUGUGCUGUCAAGUUUCACGAACGGUCUUCACCUCCAGUGGCAGCAAGAACUUCUCUCAGUCAAAGUAUUAUCGCAGGACCAGCACGGCAUCCACGAACGUCGCUACGAAAAAUGA